GGCGGAUAGAAAUGGAAGGGAGAGUUGCGGCCCCGCUGGCGUUCCUGAGGAUCCCGGGGGUGGCCUCAUGUCGCACGGCGGAACCGAUUCUGAGCACCGCCGGCAGGCGUCAGAGGCGGACUCCGCCGCAGCAACCUUCCGGGCUAGCGAGCAUCAGCAUAUUCGCUACAACCCGCUGCAGGAUGAGUGGGUGCUGGUGUCAGCUCACCGCAUGAAGCGGCCUUGGCAAGGGCAAGUGGAGCCGCAACUUCUGAAGACAGUGCCCCGCCAUGACCCCCUAAACCCUCUGUGUCCCGGGGCCACACGAGCCAAUGGAGAGGUGAAUCCCCACUAUGAUGGCACUUUCCUGUUUGACAAUGACUUCCCAGCUCUGCAGCCUGAUGCUCCUGAUCCAGGACCCAGUGAUCACCCUUUGUUCCAAGCAGGAGCUGCUCGAGGAGUUUGUAAGGUCAUGUGCUUCCACCCCUGGUCGGAUGUGACACUGCCACUCAUGUCAGUCCCUGAGAUACGAGCUGUCAUCGAUGCAUGGGCCUCAGUCACAGAAGAGCUGGGUGCCCAGUACCCUUGGGUACAGAUCUUUGAAAACAAAGGAGCCAUGAUGGGAUGUUCUAACCCCCACCCUCACUGCCAGGUGUGGGCCAGCAGUUUCCUGCCAGAUAUUGCCCAGCGUGAGGAACGGUGUCAGCUGGCCUAUCAAAGUCAGCAUGGCGAGCCCCUUCUGAUGGAGUAUGGUCGCCAGGAGCUACUCAGGAAGGAGCGUCUGGUCCUAACUAGUGAACACUGGUUAGUGCUGGUCCCCUUCUGGGCAGUGUGGCCCUUCCAGACACUAUUGCUUCCCCGUCGGCAUGUGAGGCGGCUGCCUGAGCUGACCCCAACUGAGCGUGAUGAUCUAGCCUCCAUCAUGAAGAAGCUCUUGACCAAGUAUGACAACCUGUUUGAGACAUCCUUUCCCUACUCCAUGGGCUGGCAUGGGGCUCCUACAGGAUCAGAGGCUGCUGCUGACUGGGACCACUGGCAGCUGCACGCUCAUUACUACCCUCCACUCCUGCGCUCAGCUACUGUCCGGAAAUUCAUGGUUGGCUAUGAAAUGCUGGCCCAGGCUCAGAGGGACCUCACCCCUGAGCAGGCUGCAGAGAGACUAAGGGCACUUCCUGAGGUACAUUACUGCCUGGGGCAGAAGGACAGGGAGACAGCCACCAUUGCCUGACCAUGCUGACCACAGAGCCUUGAAUCCUUCUCCCUGAGGGAAUUGGGUCCUGGAAUUUGGAGAUUAGCCUCAAUAAAACUGUGCUCUCAAACUUUAA